AUAAUUGAAAUAACAAAUACGUUCGAUAUUCAAAUUUAGUUUCACUUUCACUGUGAAUACGAAUAGAUCGCAAUGAGUUUAGUCGGCAAAGUUGUUAUUGUGACAGGAGCAAGUUCAGGUAUUGGAGCCGCAACAGCUGUGGCCUUUGCCAAACAAGGCUCUAAAGUGGUGCUUGUCGGACGAAAUGUAGCGAAUUUAAAAGCUACUGAAGCUGCAUGUAAAGCAGCCAAUAGCAAUGCAGAACUGCUCGCCAUCACUGCCGAUGUCACAGUGGAUGCGGAGCGUAUAAUAAACUCAACAAUAGAAAAAUUCGGGCAAUUGGAUGUUUUGGUUAAUAAUGCCGGUAUAUUUGAGGGUGGCAAUAUUUUGGAAAUUGAUGUCGAUCAAUUUGAUCGCGUUUUAAAUACAAAUUUGCGUUCGGUCUUCCUUCUAACCAAAUACGCCGCACCACAUUUGGUCAAGUCUCAAGGAAAUAUCGUGAAUGUCUCCAGCGUCGCGGGUACGCGUUCCAUAUACGAGAUUUCUUCAUAUUGCACCUCGAAGGCAGCACUAGAUCAAUUCACCAGAUGUAUCGCUUUGGAUUUGGCGCCGCAUAAUGUGCGUGUAAAUUCUGUUAAUCCUGGCGUUAUUGUAACCGAUAUUCUUAAAAAUGCUGGCUUAUCGCAGGACAAAGCUGACGAUUUUUUCCUACACGCUAAGGAUGCACAUCCGCUUGGACGUGUUGGAGAACCAAAUGAAGUUGCCGAUGCGAUUGUAUUCUUAGCUAGUAAUCAAUCGAGCUUUAUAACUGGUGCAACUCUGCCCAUCGACGGUGGCAAACAUGCCGUGUGUCCACGUUAAUUUUGUUUAGAUUUUUUUUUUUUUUAAUUUUUUUGAAUAAAUAUUUUUUAAACCUAACAAAUUA